GAGGAGGCAAACAUGGAGGACCGAGGCAGAGAGUCAUGAGAACGCUGCAAAAGUUUUUAGAUAGUGGAUGCAGGCAAGCCUGUGUCGUUUACUUUCGAGUAUAUGAUUCAGUUGUUUUGUGUUCUUGUCGUUUAAGUCGCAGAAAGAAAAUGUUUGUGAUGCAGUAGAAGAUAAGUCGUAGUUUUUUGGAGAAAACGCAGGGGGUCUGGCGCUGGCGAUAUCCCCCUCAACCAUCCCAACGCUAUGCCGUGGGUGAGCAGCAACAAGCGAAGAGAAAGCUCGGAGCUGCCGCUGCCCGCGGGCUGGGAGGAAGCACGGGAUUACGAUGGCAGAGUGUUCUACAUUGACCACAACACUCGACAAACUUCUUGGAUUGACCCAAGAGACAGGAUAACCAAACCCCUGACCUUUGCGGACUGCGUGGGAGACGAACUUCCCCUCGGCUGGGAGGUGGUGCUGGAUCAGCAGGUGGGAGUCUACUACAUCGACCACAUCAACAAGACCACCCAGAUCGAGAACCCGCGUACGCAAUGGCGGGGGGAGCAGGAGCGCAUGCUGAAGGAGUACCUGGUGGUGGCGCAGGAGGCGCUGAGCGCCAAGAAGGAGAUGUACCUGGUCAAGCAGCAGCGGCUGGAGCUGGCCCAGCAGGAGAUGAUGUUGCUGCACCAGCUCGCGCAGGACGACACGCGCUCCCUCACCAGCUCACAUUCGGGUUCCUCUUCAAAUGCAAAAUACGACCCUGACCAAAUCAAAGCGGAAGUGGCCUGUAGGAGGGAGCGGCUGUCGCGGCUUAAGCAGGAGCUGGCCCAGGUGAAGCAGGAGCUGCACUACAAGGAGAUGGGAGUGGAGACACUGCAGGAGAUUGACCGGAAGAUGUCCAGCAGUCAGACCAGCUACAAGCUGGACGAGGCCCAGGCCAUCUUCAACGAGCUCCGCACCAUCAAGAAGGCCAUCAGCUCAGGAGAGAAGGAGAGGCAGGACCUCAUCCAGAGCCUUGCAAAGCUGACCGCCAACUUCCACAGCAGCUUGUCUAUUGGUGACUCCAUAAAUGAGGUGGCCAACAACAACACUACCCUGGGUGACUCCUGCCACCUGCAGCAGUACUGUGACACUGGCUGUCAGACAGAGAUGACUGGAGAGUUUGGCUCUCAAGACCUAUCUCCAUUAGUGGACAAAGAGAGACUUACUUGGCAGUAUGAAGAAUCGAAGAAAAGGGUGUCCAGUAUCCAGCACCAGCUGGCGGCGCUGGACAGUGAGAGCUGGUGUGGCCGUGCGGAGGUGGACCGGGACAGCCUGCAGCUGCUGAGGGAGAAGGAGGCCCUGCUGCAGGAGAUCACCCUGCUGGGACAGCAGCAGCAGCAGCAGCAGGAGCAGCAGCAGCCGCAGUACCCAUCUCCGGAGGUCUUCCUGCAGCGUGAGGAGGAACGUCGCCGAUUGGAGGAGGAGGUGCAGAGGGGCCGCCUCCUGCAGAGCCAGGGAGCCAAUCAGAGGAUCCUGCAGCAGGAGAAGAGGAAUGUGCUGCUGAGACAGCUGGAGGAGGCCACCCGCAUCAGCACCUACCUCCACUCACAGCUCAAGAGCCUGUCGGCCAGCAACCUGACCAUGUCGUCCAGCAGCAGUCGUGGUUCUCUGGCCUCCAGUCGGGGCUCGCUGGCCUCCAGCCGUGGCUCUCUGAGCUCCAUCAGCUUCACAGACAUCUACGGCCUGCCCCAGUACGAGCGGCCCGCCGACAUCUCCCUCGACCCCUCCUCUACCACGGACCCCCACCUGCGCUACCUGCUGCCCCUGGAGGCCACUGGGCGUGACUGCAGCAGUGCUGCCCUCACCACCGCCUCUGGCCUGGGGAUGGGGAUGGGGAUGGGUGUGGGCGUGGGUGUUGGCAUGGGUAUGGGGGUCGGUUGUGGUUACGGCUCGGACCUGCUCCAAGGCCUGGGCUGCAAGGCCAAGCGCUCGCUGGACACGGCGCCGCAGUCGCUGGCAUCGCUGUCGUCACGCUCCUCUCUCUCCUCGCUCUCGCCACCCAGCUCUCCCAUGGACACGCCCUACCACUCGGCGCCACAGGACUGCCCGCUGGCCCACAUGACGGAGGAGUACAUGGAGCUGGCCAGCCGGGGGAUCCUGGAGAGCCUCCGCCUCGGCCAUAGUCAGAGUCAGAGUCAAGGUCAGAGUCUGCAGCAGCAGCAGCACCAGGUCUUGCCCAUGAUGCCCAUGGCGGGCACGGGUGAGGUGGAGGUGGGUGGUGUGGGCGGUGGUGCUGGUGGUGUCGGAGUGGGUGUUGGAUCAGUGGCGGCUCACCUGCUGGAGGUCAAGGCAGGCCAGCGAGAUGGAGCAGGAGCCCAGGCUGUGUUUCCUCCAACAGGAGUGACUCUACGGAGCAACAGCAGUAACAGGAGCAGUCGGAGGGCCAGGAGGGCCUCAGCAGGGGUGUCUGAGGAGGCUCUGGCCACUGACAGCGGCGUCUUCGAGGCCUGGAGUAGGAGCAGAUCGGAAGAGUCGGAAGAAAUUCUUUUUGGAAGAGAGUCUGUUACCACCACUGAAGUACCUCAGAUACAGUUGGGACUUCGCUAUGACGCCAGCUCUCAGUGCCUCGUGCUGCAUGUCCUUCAGAUGAGGAACUUACACAAAGCUGCAGUAAAGGAGGGCUACCGAGUUCAGGUGAAGGUGCAUGUGGUUCCCGUGGAUCCCAGCAGGCCGUGUCCCUACUACUGCUCUCGUGUGCAGGAGCCGCGCUCUCCGCUCAGCUUCAACGAGGGCUUCCAGGUGCCGCUGCCUUCAGAGGGCCUGGCCCUGCACAGCCUGCACGUCAGUGUCUGCGCAAUCGGCAUGCAGGCACAGGAGGAGCUGCUGGGAUCAGCUCGGGUGGCCCUGGCGGACUGUGAGAACUCCACAGAGAUGGCCGUGGCCUGGCACAGGAUCCAGCUGACCGGCACCAAGGAGGCCCAGCGGGCCAGCGACACCAUCAGCCAAAACCGACGGACUGGCCACAGCGUUGAGGAGGAGGAAGAGGAGGAGGCCGUGGAGGAAGAGGGAGGGGGACAGCGUUCAGAAGCGCAAUCCAGGCCUAAGGUGUCGGGCUCAUCUCUAGUGGGCCGCCCCUCCACCCAGCUGGAGGAGGUGGAGAGGGAGCUGGAGCUGAGCGAGGAGGAGCUGGAGAGGAAGGAGGAGCAGGGGGAGGCUGUGUCCGAGAGGAGUUGGCAGGCUGAGUCUGUGGACAGUGGCUGCAGCAACAGCACAGCUUUCGUGGCCCCCUGUGUGGAGGGCCUGUGUGCAGAGGGCAUCUGCAUGGCUGCCCGAGGCCUCAUCGUCAGGGUGGAUAAGUCGACCAACACGGAGGCGGUGUUCCCUGAGCCAAUGAGAGUGCGUCCUAAGGAGCGUGGGGGCCGCUGGGGUCACGCCUCGCCCUUCAUGAGGGGCAGCUCCAUCGUGCGCUCUCAGACCUUCUCACCCGGGGCACGCAGCCAGUAUGUCUGCAGGUUAUACCGAAGUGACAGUGACAGCUCAACACUACCAAAGAAGUCCCCGUUCAUCAGAAACACUCUGCAGAGACGCACGCUGCGCUACAAACAGCAGCAGCAGUCGUAUUGUGGGUCCCUGGCGGAGCCCCCCUCCCGCACCUCGCUGGACCUGGAGCUGGACCUCCAGGCGUGCCGCACGCGCCAGCGGCAGCUGAGCGAGGAGCUGACCACGCUGCGGGAGCUGAAGCUGCGGCUGGAGGAGGCGCCGCCCCAGGCCAGAGACGCCCAGAUGCCCGCACACGCACACGAGCCCCCGCUCUGGGCACUGAGGGACGAGCGGUUCAAGUGCCUGCUGCGCGAGGCCCACCGACAGGCUAAGCAGAGUCGCCAGGAGCAGCGUCAGGAGGAGGCGGCGGACCGGCGGCUGAGGAAGGCCUCCAAGGAGGUGCUGCAGCUGAGGGGCCAGAGCCACAAGGAGCCCUUACCCGUGCAGACCUUCAGAGAGAAGAUGGCAUUCUUCACUAGACCACGGUUCAACAUACCUCCUCUGCCAGCAGAUGAUGUAUGAGAGAAAGACCCUAUACUACAUGAGCUAAUAUGAAGUAUCUGUCUGUCUGUUUUUAUUUUGUUUGUCUCUGUUUAUUAUUUUGUGUAUUUGUAUGCAAAAACCCCAUGAAGUCAUUACAACCUUUUCUUUUUAGUUAUUUCAGCAGAUCGAACUCUAAAGUUGGUAUUCAAAGUGAACAAAAGUGCUUUACCAAAACGAGUGUUUGUGUGUGUAUGUGUGUGUGGUAACAUACAGACACACAUUCAUACACACAUUUUUUGUAAUUAUUGACGACGUGUUUUUGAAAAAGGGGGGGAAAGUGGGUUUACUUAUUUUAUAAGAGAAAAAAAGUAUCUUUUUACAUCUGUACGAUUUAACGAUUUACCACAAAUGAAUCUCCUAUUUUUGUUUUGCUCUCCUAAGGCUGGAAGACGGGAACAAAGUCGGUUUAGACUAAUUCACUGUACUGUAACUUAUUUUAUAGUACUUUUCCUUGAAGGAAAUUAAAAAUGCUAUGCGCUUGUAGGUGUAUUUUAUAAAGCUUAAGACAAAUAGCACUUCAGUGUUGACGUACAGUAGAAUGAACCUUCCGGCUGAUUUUGUUUCUGUUACCUGACUCUUUAAAGUUAUUUGCAUAAAAUGUCACUUUUUUUAAUCCACUUUUAUUACAGUUGUCAUUGUCUUCUGUGCUGUUAUUAUAUUAAAAUUAUUAAUAUUA